GCAGUGAUGCGUCCCUCCUGCACACAGGGGGGAUGCUGAGAUGAUGCAACCAGAGGAGGGGGCAGAGGAUCAUCCGGCUGCUGCCAACAGAAAGGGGCUGACAUCCGAAACCGAUGCUGCCGUCUCAAGUUGUGGAUUAGUGAAGUGUUAGCGGCCGCGAAUGAGCAUUCAUCGGACAUCUAUCCACCUAUCAAAGAGGAAACUCAGGAGACGCUGAGGUGGGAACCCAGUGUAAACCUACUGUGACUUGGUUUGUGGACAACCAUUUUGAAGCCUGGAGUUUGGUAACAUGGAUGUUGCCAUCUUAGUUCUGUGGAGCCAGAAGUGACCAUAUUUGGAUAAAAGCGCUGAGCUGAUUGAGCUGUAAAUGUAUCGGCAUCGGAGACCUCACUAUGAAGAAAUCGGUCCGGCCAGCGGUGAGUAAGGUGAGUGCAGAUCGAGGGAAGGCAGAGGCCACGGCUACCACUGGGACCGGAAAGCCUGCAGCCAAGACCAGUGCCACAGCACCUCUGUCUAAGGUGAAAAGCAAUGAUGAUCUUCUAGCAGCUAUGGCCGGAGGGAAUCCUGCGUCAAGUAAUGCGGUCACCAAGACCAAGAGGACUGCAUCCAUUGGGACUACUGCUAGCAACCUAGACAGCAAGCCAAAGACCACAUCAGGUACUUCAUCCAAGCGUACGACAUCUUCGAUUUCCAAGGAGCCAAAUUCAUCCCGAGACCGUCUCCGGACAUCCAGGACAUCAGCCAAUAAGAAGCAGUUGGUUUCGGGGACUGUAUCGGGGGAUGUGGCCUCAGGAAAGCGCUGUCGGAGCCAGAUCCUGGCAGAGACUGAGGGCCGCAUGUGCAAGUCCAAAUCAGAUGGCCAGAUCAGUGAUAAGGUGGUGCUGGAGGCCAAAGUAAAAGACCUGUUAGGUUUGGCUAAAAGCAAAGAUGUGGAGAUCCUCCACCUACGCAGCGAGCUGAGAGACAUGAGGGCUCAGCUUGGUUUAGGAGGGAAGGAAGCACCGCCGCAGGAAGAAGCUGGAGAGGAGGAGAAGCCCCACGUUUCAGCCAUCACAGCAGCCGAUGUGGAGUCCACUCUGAUUCUCUUACAAGAGCAGAACCAGGCCAUCAGAGAGGAGCUCAACAUGCUAAAGAGUGAGAACCGAAUGUUAAAAGACCGACUCAAUGCACUGGGCUUCUCUCUGGAGCAGAGGCUGGAUGGCUCGGACAAGCUAUUCAACUACGCCUCCCUGAGCCCAGACCUGGCAGCAGGCAGCGGGCAGAGUGAUGGUGGAGGAACAGGUACGCUGACCUCCUCAGUGGAAGGCUCUGCCCCCGGUUCACUGGAGGAUCUGCUCACAGGACACCAGCAUGGAGGCUCUGCAGACAACCUCGACAGUGAAUCUAGCGAGGUCUACCAGGCUGUCACCUCCAGUGAUGACGCUCUGGACGCCCCCUCUGGCGCUUCGUCAUCAUCCGAGUCGGAAUGCGCACCGAGCAGGGAGCGCUCACGGAGGGGCAGCAGUGGCAACGCCAGCGAGGUGUCGGUGGCCUGUCUGACGGAGCGCAUCCACCAGAUGGAAGAGAACCAGCACAGCACUGCCGAGGAGCUUCAGGCCACAUUACAGGAGCUGGCUGACCUGCAGCAAAUCACCCAGGAGCUGAAUGGAGAGAAUGAGCGACUAGGUGAAGAGAAGGUGAUCCUCAUGGACUCCCUGUGCCAGCAGAGUGACAAGCUGGAGCUGUACGGUCGACAGAUUGAGUACCUGCGCUCUCUGCUGGAUGAGCAUCAUAUAUCGUAUGUGCUCGAGGAGGACAUCAAGAGUGGCCGCUACAUGGAGCUGGAGCAACGCUACGCAGACCUGGCAGAUAACGCCCGCUUUGAGAGAGAGCAACUGCUGGGAGUCCAACAACACCUGUCCAACACGCUGAAGAUGGCUGAACAGGACAACGCUGAGGCCCAGGAGAUGAUUGGAGCACUGAAGGAGAGGAACCACCAGAUGGAGCGCAUCAUGGAGUCAGAGAGGCAGGGUCGUGUCGCCAUGGCGUCUGCGCUGGAAGAGUACAAGGCAGCCGUUAGCAAUGACCAAGCGGAGCUGAGCCGCUGCAGAGCCCAGCUGGACCAGGAGAGGCAGAGGGUGGCCGAGCUGUACUCCCUUCACACCGCGGGGGACAAAAACGACAUCUGCCAGCUGCUGGAAGGAGUACGACUGGGGAAGGAAGAGGCUGAGGCCAAGGCAGCGAAGUUGCAGGAGGAUUUGGAACAAGCCCACAGUGACCUCACACGGCUGCAGGAGACAUUUAGUAAGCUGGACAGGGAAUACAGAGACUUCCAGGAGCAGGUGCAGCAGCAGAUGGCUGAACAGCAGCGGGCGCUGGAGAAGCAGCGCGUGGACCUGCAAGAGAAAGAGACUGAGAUCGCUGACAUGAAGGAAACCAUUUUUGAGCUGGAGGAUGAGGUGGAGCAGCACCGAGCUCUUAAACUCCACGACAACCUCAUCAUCACAGACCUUGAGAACUCCGUGAAGAAGCUGCAGGACCAGAAGCAUGAUAUGGAAAGAGAGAUUAAGAUUCUUCACCGCAGACUGAGGGAGGAGUCGAUGGAAUGGCGUCAGUUCCAGGCCGAUCUGCAAACAGCUGUCGUCAUCGCCAAUGACAUCAAGUCUGAAGCACAGGAGGAGAUCGGAGAUCUGCGGCGCCGGCUGCAGGAAGCCCAAGAGAAGAACGAGAAGCUGAGCAAAGAGCUGGACGAGGUCAAGAGCCGCAAACAGGAUGAGGAGAGAGGCAGAGUGUAUAACUACAUGAAUGCCGUGGAGAGGGACCUGGCUGCUCUCAGACAGGGGAUGGGUCUCAGUCGGCGGUCGUCCACCUCUUCAGAGCCCUCACCCACUGUCAAAACACUCAUAAAAAGCUUCGACAGUGCCUCUCAAGGCCCACCUGCCAACGGUGCCUCUGUGACUCCAACAGCCUCGGCUGCCCCUCUGCCACGCACCCCCCUCAGCCCCAGUCCCAUGAAGACGCCCCCAGCAGCUGCUGUUUCACCCAUCCAGAGACACUCCAUAAGUGGGACUAUGUCGGCAGCCAAGCCCCUCUCCUCCUUGAGUGACAAGAGACCCAGCUACACCGACAUCACCAUGCCAGCUGAGCACCUUCUCAGGGGGACCUCAGCUAGCCGCCCUGCGUCCGCCCUCCAGAGGGUCUCCAACAUGGACUCCAAUAAAGCAAUCUCAGUGUCCCGCCGGAGCAGUGAGGAUAUAAAGAGGGACAUGUCUACUUCAGAUGGGGCCUCCUCAACCUCCCUGAUGGCUAUGAGUGCUGCCUCCUCCCCGCUCUCCCUGUCCUCCUCCCCCACCGCCUCCGUUACACCCACGGCACGCAGCCGCCUAAGAGAAGAGAGAAAGGACCCGCUGUCAGCACUGGCCAGAGAGUACGGCGGCUCCAAGAGGAAUGCUUUGCUAAAGUGGUGCCAGAAGAAGACAGAAGGUUAUCAGAACAUUGAUAUCACAAACUUCAGCAGCAGCUGGAACGAUGGCCUGGCCUUCUGCGCUGUGCUCCACACCUACCUGCCUGCACACAUCCCAUACCAGGAGCUCACCAGCCAGGAGAAGAGGAGAAACUUCACCUUAGCUUUCCAGGCUGCAGAGAGUGUGGGCAUCAAAUGCACUUUGGACAUAAACGAGAUGGUGCACACGGAGAGGCCAGACUGGCAAAGUGUCAUGACUUAUGUCACAGCCAUCUACAAGUACUUUGAGACCUGACGUCACCGUCUCUCUCCACUCCGCUCUGCUACUGCAGCACAAUCAGAGCCACGCAAGCGCUCAUAAGCUCUCAGCAACCUCUCAAUCCCCACGGUCAACUGUUAUACCUCACUGACCUCGCCCUCACCCCCACGCCACAGCAACACGCAGUCAUGCUGCAUGCCGUUCCUCAGUAUUCAGCAGCACUAAAGGCAGACCACAACCUCACUGGACACACUCAGCUACUCCCAGUGCACCGUAGAAGGCGCUUUGUAUAGAGUUUUAGUCCAAGGGCUUGCCUCUAUGUCUCCUGUUACACUAGUAAGCCAUGAGAAGUAAUGCUGGUGAACCAAGUAUGAACUGACCAGCGAUGAAAUCUUGUAGGUCAUUGUUGCCUUCAGGAAAGAAGGAAGGAGCAGCAUGAAAAACCAAGUCUCAGUGCCUUCCACCUGGCUUUUUCCUGGCAAAUAAUAUUCCCUCACUGUUAACCCAGUUUUCAGGGUGUGUUAAGGGGGACGUUCAGCGUGCUUCUUGCGUGUCAUUUUCAUACAGUUCCUGUGUGUUUUUGUUGUGAAUAUUUUGUGGAAACAUCAGCUUCUACAAAAUAAACCAAAUGUCACGUCAUGUUGGAAUUCUCCCACAAUUCGCUCCGAAAGGAAUUCAGUCAGCCGCAGCCUUUUUUGCACCAAAUCUUCCAGACAUUACAGUACGAUACAGAUGCCUCAAUUUAAAUGGAUAAAGUGCCUGUGUGAGUUUUGAUGCAGGAAAAACUGGAGAUGCUCCUCCACAAAAAAAAAGUGUCUUUCCACUGCAACAGAAGAUUUAAAGGAGUUGUUGCCAAAUAUGUUUCUGAGCCUUUUGGCUUGUUGAUCGCCAUCAGGACGGACUGAUGAUGCCGACAGCUACUACAUCAGCCUCUGAUCAUGAGUGACUUUCCAAGCACAGAAAUAUGCUAUGUUCUACAACACUACUCUACAUUUUUGUUAAGGAACACACUCUUACGAUGGGUUUUUCAUGAAGGUUGGACUGAAGUUCAUUUGAUGUGUAUGGAGUUGAACGCUAAACUGUUUAAAUGUGAGUGCUUUGAAUUUUGUAGGCCUGCCGUCUCGCACUAAGACGUCUUUCAUCAGGCACAUAGAGGACACAGCAUCAUUUCAUCAUAACCAAAAUAUGAGUAUGAGUAGCAUUUAGUUUUGAUUGACCUGUGAGUUCUGUUUGGAUCAGACAGCCGUAAACGUUCUCAGCCUGAGGCUCUAAUUAGUAAAAUAGUGUCUCGCCGAGGGACUCCAUGUGAUAAAAUAUGCUCUAGUUUCAGGAUCAGGUGAAGACACUCUUUUGCAGGUCAAUUCAGCUUCACAUUGAAGGAAUAGUUUUAACUCACUUUCUUGCAGAGAGUUAGAUGAGACAAUUGAUACCACUCUAAUGUUUGUGCAGUCAAUAUGAAGCUAGACACAGGAGCUGGUUAGCUUAGUAAAAACAGGGGGAAACAGCGAGCCUAGCUCUGUCCACAGUUAACUAAAUCUACCUAGCAACACCUCUGAAGCUCAGUGUUGCAUAUCGAUUGUCUUGUUUUGUCUGGCAACCAACCAAGAUAUGAGAUAUGAGUUUUGUUAGCUUUGAGCCCGGCUAGCUGUGUGAGUGGUAUCAAUCUUCUCAUUUCACUCUCAUCAAGAAAGCAAACACAUGUACUACUCAAAAAGUUUCCGUGAACAUCAGCAAAAGUCGCAAAACUCUUUAUUUUGCGCCUCAAUCUGUUUAAGUGCUCGGACAAUGCAUUGCACCGUUGACUUAUUUUGUGUGUUUAUACUGAUGCUGUGUUAGACAGGUAGUUUUUGAAAUUCCUAGUAUGACUAACCGUUACUGUAGAGAUACUUUGUAGCACACAAUGUAAUUUAGGUUGUCUGAGAACAGUCGGCAACAUUAAUAAGUCCCCAUAUUUAGUAUUUAUAAGCAGUAUAGUACACUAGAAGGACUUUUUAAGUGUUUAUCAAUGUGUAGUUGUUGACAAAUCAAUCAAUAAACACUUAUAACUACAAUAUAGUACCAAGUAUUAAAGGUUUAUGUCCACUUCUAAAUGCUAAGUAGGGGUACUAAAGUGUUGCCAUGUAAGGCUGUCUGACUGCCAUGUGUUUAUCGUGCCUCAACAUACCACGUUCACUGUAUUUAUUUGCAUGGUUCCCAGUCAUUGUAGUGAGCUCAUUGCUUUACUUGUGUCUGAAGUGUAUAUGAGUUUAUAACACAUACUUUAAGUAGCUGCACUGAGAUAAGCUUCUUUUUUUUUUUUUUGUAUUCCACACUAAUUUCCUGCCUUAACAGUUUUGGCCGAGGCUUCUGCAAGUGAAACUGUGACAUUCGAGGCUGCCGUUAUCUUUUGCUCACCAGGCUGGUGUCACAGUCUGUAGAGGUCUCUGCUCGUGCCUCUAGAGGAACACUAAUGGUCAUAAACCGCCUCUGCGAAGCUGGUUGAAUCCCCCUCGUGUGUCUGGGGAUGGUGACUACACACUGUUUUGAUUUGGAUGAGUUGAAGCUGCCAGCUGGUAUCAAUAGCAACAUCAGGAACAGCAUAUUUGUCUCUGUUUAGAAGCACAUCCUGCCACGCCGUUUGCAAAGCCACAUCACCACAGUGUGUACAGCUGCAUUAGGCAUUCAGUGAUACAAAGUUAGCACAAGAGCCUGAAACAACUAUAUAUUCUUUUUUUUGUGUGUGUGUGUGUGUGUGUGUGUGUGUACAGGAGAGAGUGUGGGUGAGUUGUUAUUUAAUGACAUUUGAAAGAAUUGGCUCAUUGUCGACAGGGCUUUGUGACGCUGAAGAUUAUCAGCCAACGGUUUUAUUGUGUUCUGCUCGAUUCCAACACUGGCCCCAUGACUUUUAUCGUUUCCUGACAGGAACGUCUAAGAGCUACAGAAAGAUUUGAAGCCUCUCCAUCUUGGAAGUGGAAUGUAUUUUUGAUCACGCUUUAGUGAUCCUGGGAUGUUUAUGAGGUCCAGCGCGUGCUGAUGUGGAGUGAUUGAUUGAACAUUGAGCCUGGCCUGCUGUGAAGAGACCAGACGGCUGGCAAAUGCAAAGAAAGCACAUUCCACCUCCACAUGAUGCAGACAUGAGGGACAUGUUACACUGUGUGGGACCUGAGAGACGACGCCCUUCAAGUGUAAAGCUUUACCACCAAUGUGAACAGCGCAGUAUGUCUUUACUGGGUCCACUUCAUGCUACAUUUGUUCUUCUUCUUGUUUACUUGAAAAUGCUCUGAGGAUUCCACUGAACCUGCUCCAGUCUUUUUGUUCCCGUGUUGCCUUUUUUUGUUUUUGUUUUUUGUUUCUUUCAGUCCAUGCCACAUUGAAAUGAAUGGGCCGGGCUACAGUAUUAAGUGCACACUAUGAUAAUAAUCAGUUGUAAAAUAUGCUUAAAAAAAAUGCUGUCAGGUUUUAUUUUGCUUUAUUUUCCUGGCUAUAGUUAUAAAAUACCAUUGAAGCAGCCA